AUGGCACAGUUCUCAGACGGCGCAGUACUAGCAUCACAGUGGCCGAUCCCGCCGCUCAACUUCUUCGACUACGAGAUCGAGGCCCUGCCAGAGGACGCCGGCACCUACUUCUACCACUCGCACGUGGGCAUGCAGGCCCUGACCGUCUUCGGCGCCCUCAUCGUCGAGGACUGCGCGGCGCCGCCGUACCAGUACGACGACGAGCGCACGCUGCUGUGGCACGAGCACUACAAGCAGAACGACUCUGCCUUCGAGGCGGGCCUGCUCGCGGCCCCCCUCGUCUUCGGCGGCGAGGUGCAGGCCGUGCUGCUCAACGGGCAGGGCGUCGCCAUCAACCACACGGCGGGCGAGAUCCCGGGGGACGCGUCGUGCCAGCUGCCCGUCGUCGAGGUCGAGCCAGACAAAACAUACCGCUUCCGCUUCGUCGGCGCCACGUCGCUCACCCACUCCAUCAUGGCGUUCGAGGGCCACGAGAUCCUCACCGUCAUCGCCGUCGACGGCGGCCAGUACACGCAGCCCGCCGCCACGUACCGCAUGCAGAUCGGCAGCGGGCAGCGGUUCGACGUGCUCUUCAAGACCAAGAGCCAGGCCGAGCUGGACUCCGCGGGCAAGACCGACUUCUUCAUCCAGUUCGAGACGCGCGACCGGCCCUCGGUGUACCAGAGCUACGGGGUCCUGCGGUACACGGGCGCCAACAGCAGCGCCGAGGGCCAGCCGCCCGUGCCGCCCGCGCCGGCGGCGCCCGUGUUCAACCUCACGACAAGGACGUACGACUGGCUCGAGAACACGCUGCAGCCGCUCAAGCCGGACCCGGACUUCCCGGCGCUGGAGGAGGUGACGCGGCGGGUGGUGAUCGACGUGGUGCAGCUGCUCGACCCGGCGACGGGGCAGACCAUCUGGCAGCUCAACGGGCUCAACUGGAACGAGCUGGUCGCGUACCCGGUGCCGCUGCUGGUCGACAUCUACCUGCGCGGGGAGGACGCCGUGCCCGACUACGACGCGGCCGUCGCCAACGGCGGGUGGGACCCCAAGAACAAGGCGUACGCCGCAAAGGUCGGCGAGGUCCUCGAGAUCGUCUUCCAGAACACCGGGUCCACCGUCAACAACAAUGGUGGCGUUGAUGUUCACCCCUUCCACGCCCAUGGCGCCCACUACUACGACUUGGGCAGCGGCAAUGGGACGUACGAUGCCAACGCCACCGAGGCCGCGAGGGUGGAGGCCGGGUACACGCCUGUGAAGCGUGACACCACGAUGCUGUACCGGUACGAGACCAAGACGACGGCCGGUGCUGAUGCCGGGUGGCGGGCCUGGAGGAUCAGGAUCAACGAACCGGGCGUGUGGAUGAUUCACUGUCAUGUCCUUCAGCACAUGGUCAUGGGAAUGCAAAGUGUCUGGGUCGUCGGCAAUGCGAGUGAGAUCCAGAAGACUCCUACCGAGUUGAGCCAGGGAUACUUCACAUUCGGGGGAAGCGUCACUGGGAACAAGACGUCCGACCCGCAAGUCUACGAGCAGUUUGACCACGGCACGUCGACUUGCCCGGUGUAG